AUGGUGACCGGUGUCCGACACCUGCGCGUCGACCGGCUGACCAUGAAGGACAGCUCUGACGACUCGACCGGCAUGACGACCGAGGACCUGGGAGUCUGGGGCGUCACCGAGCCAGCGGUGGCGCCCGAGCCGGUACCACUCACAUUCAUCCUCUACCUGCUGGCCGGCCUGCUGCUCUCCGUGCUGAUCGUGCUCACCAAUCUGCUGGUCGUGUCCUCCGUCGUCAAGUUCUACCGUGUGCAGACGGCCAGCAACUGCUUCCUGCUGACGCUGAGCGCGGCCGACGGCCUCAUCGGCGUGGUGCUGCCGGUGACGUUGCUGCUCGAGCUGUCGGGCGGCUCGGCGGCCGGCGCCACGCGGCUCCGCCUGCUGCCCUACUGCCUGCUGGUGGCGUUCAGCGCCGUCUCCGUGCUCACCACGGUCGCCAUCGCCGUCGACCGCUGCACGUCGCUGGCACAGCCGCUGCGCUACAACAACCUGGUGACCCGCCGGUGCGUGUCUCGCUUCGCCGCCUUCUCCUGGGCGUACGGCCUGCUGGCGGGUCUGGCGCUGCUGGGCUUGCACCCGUGGGCGGACGCCGGGGGCGGUUCACACGCGCCGGUCGACCUGCUCGACCGCACCGCUGCCAGCGUCAUCACCGGCGUGCUCUUCCUGCCGGCCGCCGGCGUCUUCGUCUCCUGCUACCUGUACGUCUACUGCGUGGCGCGCACGCACGCCAAGGCCAUCCAGACGGUGGAGGUCUCGUACGUACCGAGGCGCGGCGUGCUCGGUCGCUGCGGUCUCGUCUGGUGGGGCUCGGUUCGAUCCGGCUCGGCCGCCUUCAGCACGGCAUCGAACAUACGGCUCUGCACCAUGACCACCAACCACACGUGCAUCAUCCGCGAGGUGUGCGUCACGUCGGCUGCCUGCGACGCCGUCAGCAUGUACCAAGAGACAGUGGUGAGCACGCAGUUCGGCACCGACAAUCCCGUCACGCCCGUCUAG